CUCGCCGGAGAAGCCGUAGGCCACGGAAUGUCGGAUGAUGUCUUGCAUUGGAUAUCUGCCAAGCUCAGCCGCCGGUUGAUGAAGCUGGGGGAGUCGGCCCCCAACUGGUUGUCAGCCUACCGUGCUGUCGGGGUGUACAAACAUUCAAAAGCUGUUGUGUAAAAGAUGGAAGCAGGUGCAGGAUAUCGAUGCUUCCUCGCCGAUGUGGAAUCCUGCUUCCCUCAAUAUCUUGGCCGACACACAGCUUUCCCUACUGAAAGGUGCUAAGUACAUCAGCGGCAUCCUGAAUCAAAGUUACUCCGCUUUGCAGCCUGCCAGUUCUCUGACCAGCCGUCGCCCGCGCGGUAGUUUAGACAAAUUUCUAUCGACGAUGGGCGACUUCUUCGAGGAUGCUUACAAAGCUGACCCUCGAGUGACGCUCUACGAUGUGGAGCGAGUAGUUCGCCACGGUAUCGAUGAUUGGGUUGUCGCUGUCUUGGUGGAUGACACCUUAAUAGCAUGCGAGAAGCUGGAGCUCCUAGCCAGCAAAUAUUCAUCGGCAGCCAGGGAAACCUACAAAGGCAAUCCAGAAGAUUUCUCACGAAUGCUUCUUACCGUAAUCGAAUUGUGGGUUGCAAUAGACAAACUCGUCACGCGACAGAUCCCCAUGCUUCAUGAAUACUCCCCUGAAAUACCUAUCACUCUCCUGGAACGAUUACUUCUUCGGGACGCACAUGACAUCCAGCGCCUUUGCCUCGUAUCUGGUUACAUUCGCCAACGUCACUCUGCAGCCAAGAAUGGGUGGUCUGUAUUUUCAGACCGAGCGGACUCUAGCAAUUUUGCAGUGCGCUACUUCAACCGAGAUCCUCAUUUGCAAGCGCUUAGGAACCGCAUUGUCGAUGCUGCUGAUCAAGCGCGGCGGAACAAAGUCGAAGAGCUCAGACAGGCAAAUGAGCGCUUCCACGAUAUCACAAGGCGUGCUGCAGGCAUGGAUCAUGUUUACAGGAUUAAUACGCACGGGAUAGAGGAGCACCGCCCACGAAAGUGUGCGAAGUGUAAGCUUGAAGCCCAGUCGAAAAUCCAGAUUACGGUGCACGAAUGGCCACUUCCGAAGGACCGUUGUCGUGCCGCGGCGGCCGUCUUCGAGCUACAUCCCCCACCUUCGUUCGACGUGUGGCGCUCGGUCAUUUGUCUCCUUCUUGUUGAUAUUUGUUCUCCCCCACUGAAAGAAAAACACCCUCAUACUUCUCUUGGAAAAUAUCCUGCGUUGCACUCCUACCACACCAAGCGCACAAGAUCUCGUAUCGUGCUGGCGUCUGACGUAAAGCCUUUCAUGAAGUCCCACUACCACUCAAUCCCUGUACCUACUGUGGAGAGCAAAGUCUGCGUCAACAACGGUCUCAGCUUUUACUAUUACGAUGAACUUUCCCACGCUUCCGCCGCCGACGCCUUCCACUCCGUAAAUGUAUCUGGCCCUUGUUCCUACGAGCUCCCACCAGGGCCAUAUCAAAAUCUGCAGCGCUAUCUGCAGCAUACUACCUACACGUCAAACGAAGUGCUGUGUAGUCAGGCUGACUGCCACAGUGAUCUUUCUAUUCACGAGUUCAUAGCAUAUGGGCACCUACGCAGUGGUCCUUUAUUGCAGUGGCUUAACAUUUUGCGGGAAAUUCGUGCCAAUACAUUAACUCUCCGCCGCGAGGAGGUCCACGUGCUGUUCGCUCAGGCAGCCAGCGAAGUUGGUCUCGUAUCCGGUGACGGGAAGUUGGUAUGGCAUGCUGAGCUGGAACAACCACAUUUCCGUUACUUGCUCUUGGGCGAACUUGAAACUCUUGUGAUGACUGUGUCGGGAAACUGGCUGGAGGGUACGACAAUGGAUACGAUUUCAUUUUUGGUCGCUAGGAUGCUUUCUGCAACAUGCACCGUCCAAGACAGCGGCUAUCGUAGGGCUCUCGACCUACUCCUUACUAUUCGGGAGAUGACAUUCAGUUGGGUACUUGAACUCUUCUAUAAACUGGAACAGGCCGUGUGCGAGGUUGAGAAGGACCAGCUUCGAGGACGUCUUCGUGACUCGGCCGCAAUCUGUCGCAGCACUUUUGAUGUGGAUCUUGACACAGCAAAGCAGCUUCUCGGCUCCUCGCGGGCUCUGGAGAUUCUAGUGUGUUGUGGGGUAAUCAUCCAUAACAACACCCCACCGCAAUCGAAUGCUCUUUGUGCAAUGUCAAGGCUCCUUAAAGAACGUGACUGUCGCGUAUCAUGGAAAUUGGAGGAGCUUGUGGGCACUAUGAUCCUAGAAGGGAAUGACGGGAUUGAUCUUGGGAUCAAACACGUUUGGCCAGGGUACCGUAGAGGCACUCAAUGGCGGAGAGGAAGCGCUAGAAAUCGCGGUUGGUUCACCACCAAUACGUCCAGCUCCGCUACCCAGCGUUCGCAACAAGUACACUUGGAUGUUCUCAACGGCACUUUCUUGGUGGACGGACGACCGAUGGGAAGACUCCCAAAUGGGAUCAGGGAAGAUCCGAUUUUUAUGCUCAUUUUCGGUAGCCAAGCACCAGACGUCUUUCCUGGGGAUAUGGCUGGGAUGGAAUAUGCUACUCGUGGUUUGAUUGGCGAUUACCGCGUUUACUUCCGAAUGGGAACAGACGGAUUGAGAAUCCGGGCCAAAAAAGAGGCUGACCCAGAUAUUUUCGAAUUGAUUCCUCCCAAGAAGUUAGCGUCCGAUCUCCCAACUGCACUGGUGGAGAAUCAUGUACAUUGGUUCAACCUCACGACGCGAAUGAUCGAGGCUCGCCCUAUAGAGAAUUUAUGGAAGUCGUCCCCCGACAACUGGAGGCUUCAAUUUUCGCCUGGAAGCCAUUCGAUGACCAAGGGAGAUGCCAGACUCUUAGACAUCCAUAGUCAGACCUGGCGGAUGUUGUCGGAGCGGCUUCAGCCUUUGGAAAAUCCACUGAACCUCAUUAUCAUACUAGACGGUUCAAAUACCGUGUCUGUCGACUUGCCACGUUACGGUCUAUCCUUCUUCAUCAACGAUGACAACGAGUUGGAGUGCCGCCACCCUCGUGGCAUGCUGUAUGACGAAACCCAAUCUGCAGGAACGUUGAUUGGGCUAGCAAACAAGCUUGUCUUGCGACCCAAGGCCCAUUUAGCCGAUGAAGAUGUCCAGAGACUCAUUCUUGUACCGGAAGGGGAUGUAUCAUUCGCGAGGGAAGGUGACCAUGUGCGGGUCACGAUCGAUAUAUCAGGUCCAGCGAACAGGCGGUUCCGAUACCAAAUAUUCCGGACUGACACCAACUUCAAAUGCCUGGCUGGCAAUGCUAGUCUGGCAAGCAAUCUUUAUCGUGCCUACCUGCAUGCACUGACCAGCAAACCGUGUUUGGUGGACCCUCUGACCCAAAGGACGGGUACAGAGGAAGCGCUAUCCAUCUUACGUUCUGCUGCAUGUCGGUCGUUCAUGAAGAUCGACACUCGCUGUGCCAAACUACUGUGUCGCAUUGCGGAACUGACUACUCAACGAACGUGGUACCCUAAACAUAUGAAGUGUAUGCAAUCCGUGCAUUGGCUGACGGGACUCCCAGCCGCAUCCCAGCACCACGGUUUUUAUCUUGCUUGCUCGUCUAUCAAGGAGAUCCAGCAACAACUACAGCUUUUUCAUGAUAGUCAAUCUACCCCACUCUUCGAUGAGUUCCCACCUUGUGAUGACCAUCUACUUCGCCGUGCCGCAACCAGGGCUGCUAUGCUUUACCCGCCGUCGUCUGAUAAUCCCGUUCCAGGUGGUGGAUCCGACUCCGUUUACAAGGCAAGGGACGCACAACUGUCCUCUGCCAAUGAACUCCGUGUAUACAGCGCUGCACUUGCUGUUUACAAUUGGUCGACUCAGAAACGUCCAACGAAUAGCAUUCAAGGCUUAGUUGAAUCAUGGGAAACUAUGCAGGGCGGUUCGAAAUCAUUCUCGUUGCGUUACAGCAGAAACUGGCUAUCUCCACCCCUACCUGACAUUUGGCUUUCAUUGUAUAACAGCUGUCGCAGGAGCCAGGUAGCGCGGCACCGCUUCCAACUCAUAUUCUCCUUGCCUGCGAUGGCAUACGCCUCUCCGGACCUCAAGAACCUCAUCAAUACGUUACUAGCAUUCGCAACGAUUCCCCAAUUCAAGGAUGAAAAUCCUCCUAACCACCCCAUGUAUAACCUCUCUGAUGGUUACAAACCUUUUUUACAUGUGUUGGACGAGUUUGUUUCUCGGCGGGCAAAACCCUACCGGGACAGCGUAACUCCACAAGAGUACAGGGAGCGGCUCCAACGGGAAAGGGGUAAAGUAAUUAAAAAGGUGAUAGCUGCAUGGCCGUGUAUGAAACCUCCUUCUUGCCGCAACUUCCUGGAUCCCGCUUGGUAUGACACUGAUGGAUUGGAUUCCGAUCUUUGCAAAGCGUUUGCGAGCUGCUACCGAAAUAUGGAAUUGAAGAAUCACUUGGAUCGUGUGGAGUUAAUUCUGACUCAAAAGGCUCCCUCGUUUCGGGAGCCUUCAACUAACAAAACUAACAAGACGACUUCGCCCGCCGACCAACCACUGGGAUAUUCCUUCGCACUAUCCACCCAGGGUCACCACCGAGAGAACUGGGAGGUGACCCUGGAAGUCCUUUUCCGUCGCACUGCACCUGCUGUGCCACCGGAUGGGGUGACGCGUCAGGGGUUGAGGCUCAACCUCCAUGACAACUAUGCUUUGAAUCACCUCGUCCAGAACCCCUACCGGCCUCAAACGUGCGGAUCAGAGAAAAUGAGCCAGUUGAUUGACAAUCUUCACCAGAACGCAAACUCGGCGUUUCAGGUUAUGUAUGCAAAUGGGCUACAAGAGAGCGCGAAACAUCUUACUUAUGACCGGACGACCGUGCACGUAAACGAUCUCAAACGCUUGGUGGAAUCAUUCAGAAUACAUCACAAGCAAAGCAGAACAAGAUACUUGUCGGCCCUAAGGUUCCUUACAGAAUACUUGGGUCCGCAGACGACAAACGAGCACGGGGUCUACAGAUCCGGUCGGUGGCCACGCAUCACGCCGAAGAUUCUCCUUGGUUGCCUCGCAUCGACAUCGCAAAUUCCAUUGCCCCAUGAUUGGCGAGUUUGUUUAAUAGAAUUUGCGAAACUUGCACUAGAGUACCAGCGUGCUCGCCGAAUGCUAGCCUUCGCGAAGAAUGAUCAAGCCGAAGAUCUGCACAAGGAAAUGGAGAAUACCAGUUGCGAUGGUUGGGAAGCGGAGUCGUACGCCGACUGGCUCUUAAUUCAGCUGGACGGAGAUUUCCUCGUUCGUCGCGUCCAAGCACAUGUUGCGUUAGAAAUGAUAGCUCCUCGUUCCGGCCAGAACACCGUUCUGCAGCUAAAUAUGGGUGAAGGGAAGUCUUCGGUGAUCGUACCAGCGACGGCGUCGGUCCUCGCUGAUGGAAACCAACUCGUGCGAGUGGUGGUCCCGAAAGCGCUUGCUUCCCAAAUGUUCCAUCUCCUCGUAGAUCGACUUGGUGGACUCGUCAAUCGACGGGUCUUUUACUUGCCAUUUUCAAGAUCGUUGCAAAUCGAUCAAUCGGGAGCCAGAAUAAUCCAGGCAAUCUUAGAACAGUGUAUGCGCGAGCGCAGCAUCCUUGUCGUGCAACCAGAACAUAUCCUAUCUUUCAAGCUGCUGAGCGUUGAGAAGCAGCUAGGUGGUACGAAGAAGAUCGCGAAGCAACUAUUAAAGACUCAGCGGUGGCUCCAUUCACACGCUCGCGAUAUACUUGAUGAAAGUGAUGAGAUCCUGCAUGUUCGAAACCAACUGAUCUAUGCUAUCGGUUCACAGAGACCUCUGGAGGGCUCUCCCACUCGAUGGUCGACCACUCAACAGGUACUUCAUCUGGUAAAGAAACAUGCCCCCAUGCUCCACGCAGAUUUCCCGCUCGGUGUAGAAUACGAACAAUGUCACCGCUACAGUGGAGCUUUCCCCCACAUCCGCAUUCUUCAUGAAGAGGCAGGGAAAGAGUUGAUUUCCAAGAUUACUCAGGAUGUCAUGGACGGACGGUCAGUCAACUUCGGUCGGACGCGCCGUGUCGAGAGAAGGGCAAUUUACGACUUUAUCACCCGCAUGGACGUUGCCUCCUCCGAAGUCCAAGUGAUACGGGACUACUGCGGAGGCACCGCCAUGUGGAUGAACUUGUUACAUUUACGUGGACUUUUAGCAUCCGGGAUUUUGUUGUUUGCCCUCAUGGAGCGACGAUGGCGCGUCGGCUACGGUCUUGCACCUUCUCGGACCAUGCUGGCCGUCCCCUACCGUGCCAAGGACGUCCCAGCGCCGAGAGCAGAAUUUGGACAUCCAGACGUGGCCGUAGUGCUGACAUGUCUCUCGUAUUACUAUGGUGGACUGGAUCGGGAGCAGCUCAUGUUAUGCUUCGAGCGUCUCCUGAUGCUAGAUAACCCAGACCAGGAAUACGAGUCAUGGGUCCACGGUUGUCCCGAAGUUCCUGCAAAUCUCCGCCAGAUCAGCGGCAUCAACGCCCAGUCUUUAGACCAGUGGAAUCAGCAUCUUUUCCCGAUAUUCUCAUGCAAUCAGUCGACCAUAGACUUUUAUCUCUCUCAGGUUGUCUUCCCGAAGGAGGCUAAGGAGUUCCCUUCGAAGUUGUCCAGUUGCGGAUGGGACCUUGCAGAACAAAGGGAGCACGUAACCACUGGAUUUUCUGGGACGAAUGAUGCGCGCUAUCUGCUGCCGACUUCCACCAUACAACGAGACCUUGAUCAUCAACGUGCUACCAAUGCGAAGGUUCUCGCCUACCUCCUUGGGCCCGAAAAUGACGCAUACAUGCGAACGUCGUGGUCAGAUGGCCGGCGACGAACAGCUGGUGAAUUCCUUGCGCUUGUAGUGGAACAAACACCAGAAAUACGUGUGAUACUGGACGUCGGUGCUCAAGUCCUCGAGUUACAAAACAGUGAAUUUGUGGCGCUCUGGUUGGAGCUGAAACCCGAUGCACUAGCUGCCAUAUACUUCGAUGACGACGACGACCUGACUGUCCUCUCUCGUGAUGGGACCACGCAAUCGUUGUUAGAGUCACCGUACGCAAGUCGACUGGACGAGUGUGUAGUGUAUCUCGACGAUGCACACACACGAGGCACCGACGUUAAGUUUCCAAUUGGCUUCCGUGCAGCAGUCACGCUAGGGCCCAAAGUUACAAAAGACCGCCUGAUCCAAGGUAUGACUCUGGAAUCGGUUGAUAAGACGUCCCCCUGAUCUCGGUGCCAGGUUGUAUGCGCAUGCGCAAACUUGGACAUGGGCACUCC